AUGUGGAAAGGAGCAAUGGGUCGCAAAAAAGCCGCAACUUCGCUCCUUCGGACGCUCGUGCUGUCGCUGCUUUGCGCGCAGUCGCUCGGACAGGUAUUCAACCUGACGCUGUCUGUUAAAGAGGGCUUGCCUGCUAAAACCAUCAUUGGAGAUCUGGGAGCGGGGUUAAGGAGGCCAAGCACUGGAUUCUUCAUCUCAGAGAGCAGAGACUCUUAUGUGUUCAGAGACUUAGAAAUAGACGCAGACACGGGGAUCAUCUCCACAGCCGUGAUCCUGGACAGAGAGAACACAGAUAAGUAUGAGUUUGUGGCAGCUACCCUGACAGGAGAGAUGAUCAAAGUGUACCUAGAGGUGAAAGAUGUGAACGACCACUCACCUGUGUUUCCCUCAGAGGAGGUUGACUUGGAAAUAUCAGAACUGAGCCCCCCUGGGAGUCAAUUUCAACUUGUAGUUGCUAAAGAUGAGGAUGAAGGUGAGUUUGGUACCCAGGGAUACAGGAUCACAGAGAGUGAGAUGGGGGAGUUAUUCUACCUGGAGUAUCGCGGUGGAUCUGAGAACCACCCGAGCCUGAAUCUCAUCCUCACCAGCAAACUAGACAGAGAAACGCAGGACUUCUACUCCCUCGCCAUUGAGGCCUUCGAUGGCGGCAUCCCAGUCAGGACGGGCACUCUUCAGGUGAACAUCCGCGUCUUGGAUGAGAACGACAACCCGCCCAUAUUCAACCAGACUGAAUACCACGCCUCGCUGCCAGAGAAUGCUCCGCUGAUGUCUGCAGUGUGUCAGGUCCACGCCACUGACCUCGACCUGGGCGACAACGGCAGAAUCACUUAUGAGAUCAACAGGCGGCAGAGUGACCCGAAUGAGAUUUUCUCCAUCAACGAAACCAGUGGGGUGGUGUAUCUCAACAAGCCGCUCGACUAUGAGACUCAGGCUUUUCAUGAGUUGAUCAUCAGCGCGAGGGAUAACGGGGCUCAACCUGAAUACAGCAGCGCUUUUGUGGGUGUGAAUGUGCUAAAUAUCAACGAUAACAGUCCCAGCAUCAGUGUGCUGUUUCUCAGCGAGACAGGAGACGCAGUGGUUUCAGAGGCAGCAGCGAUCGGGGACUAUGUGGCCCGGAUUUCAGUGUCAGACCCCGACUUUAAGGAGGAGAGCGUCACCGUCACGCUUCAGGAGGAUGAUGGGAAGUUCACCCUGAAGCAGACAGACGAUUAUCUGUACGCUUUGUGUGUCAAUGCAGAGCUAGACAGGGAAGAGAAUGAUCUGUAUGAGUUAAAGGUGCAAGCAUCAGAUUUUGGGAGCCCACCUCUGAGUAGUGAGAUGGUCCUCCUCCUGAGGGUAUCUGACACCAAUGAUUGCCACCCAGUUUUUGAGAAGGAUGUGUACAUCAUCGGCGUUUCAGAGGACGCUCCUCAGGGGAGUUCGCUCAUCCAGAUGCGGGCCCGAGACGCAGAUGAGGGCGUCAACUCAGAGGUCAGAUACUCCAUCCUGAAGUCCAACCAGGACAGCCUGCUCAGCAUUGACCCGGAGUCAGGCCUGGUCACAACAGCUGCAGCUCUGGACAGAGAGACACAGAUGGAGGUUUGGUUCCUGGUGGUGGCGUCUGAUGGAGGGGAACCGGCUCUGUCAUCCACGGCUACAGUCACCGUGCUGGUGGAGGACGUCAAUGACAACGAGCCUGUGUUUCAGCAGCAGCUGUACAACGUGUCCAUACCAGAGCACAGUGACGUUGGGAGCUGCUUUUUACAAGUUGUCGCCACAGACGCAGACAGCCCUGAGUUUGGCACGCUGCUCUACUCUCUGUCUGACGGCUUUGACAUGCAGGACAAACACCCUCUCUUCAAAAUCCACCCGCAGACUGGAGAGCUGUGCGUCUCUCAGGAUAUUGAUCGAGACUCGGGGCAUACGGUCCACGACAUUCUGAUCAAAGCUGAAGAUCCAGGAGGCCUGAGCGCACAAACCUAUGUGCACAUCGAGGUGGAAGACCUGAACAACAACGCUCCAGUGUUUAACCCUGACGAGUACACGAUGAGCAUCAGCAGCCACACACAGCCCGGCACAGAAAUCCUCAACGUCAUCGCCACCGACAGAGAUUCUGGCAGCUUCGGGCACGUCACCUACGAUAUCCUUCCUGGUGACAUGUCCAGUUUGUUCGCACUGGAUAAACAAACAGGAAUGCUCCUCCUGACCUCCACUCUCACCCACCUGGGUGCAGCCAGUGUGAAGCUCUCAAUAACAGCGCAGGAUGGGGAGGGCUUGACCUCAGUCAGGCCUGCAGAGGUCACCAUCAAUGUUCUGCGCAGCGCCCAGGCUCCAGCUGUGUUCCAGAGGUCGCGCUACACCUUUACAGUGCCUGAGGACGCACCGUCAGCGACUGCUGUGGGGACAGUGGAGGCCAUAAACCCAGCAGACUCAGAAUCAGUCUCCUACCGAAUCUCCUCUGGAGACCCUCAAGGUUUGUUCUCCGUUCACCCGAAGUCCGGCCUGAUCAGUAACAUCAAACAUCUGGACCACGAGUCGCAGCCGUACGCCCUGCUGGUUCUUCAGUCCUUCACCGACACCUCUCCAGUUUACAGCACCACACAGGUCAACAUUACUAUCGCUGACAUUAAUGACAACGCUCCUGUUUUCCCCAAACUCAGCGACACCAUCACAGUGUCUCAAAACACGCUCCCAGGGACAGUGUUGUUUAUCGCUCAUGCACACGACGAUGACAGUGGUGCCAACGGGAGGGUACGGUAUCACCUGAAAAGUACCAGAAAUGGUACGUUUGUUGUCGACCACAACCUCGGGACAGUUACGUUAAAUCAGAGUUUACAGGCGGAUCAUCAGCAGAGGUACGGUCUGGAAAUCGUGGCUAAAGAUGAAGGAGAACCUUCCCUGAUCUCUACCCUGAGCCUCACAGUCAAUGUGGACCGCACCGCUGCCGAACACAGCCUCGCCUUCGAGACGUUAGUCUACCAGGUGGAGAUCGGGGAGGGCUACAGGAAAGAUUCAAGGGUCAUCCAGGUGAGGGCGCACCGGAGCCGAGGAGCUCACCUGUCGAACUCAGGCCUCCAUUACUCCUUGGAGGCAGAAGCCGGAUUUCCUCCUGCUCCGUUUCGGAUUCACCCAAAGACCGGAUGGCUGUAUCUCUCCCUUAAUCUCGACUAUGAGACAGAAUCCAUGUUUCGUUUUCGAGUGUUGGCCACAGCCAGGGAGGCCUCGCUGGCGAACAUGACAGCUACAGCCACAGUGAUCGUGCUGGUGCUGGACAUCAAUGACAAUCCCCCGGUGUUCAGCAGCGAGGUCUACUACUUCACUGUGUCAGAGGGGUCGUCGCCUCAAGGCCUGGUGGGAACAGUCAAAGCCGUGGAUAAGGAUUCUGGGAAAAACGCCCAGCUGUCCUACAUCCUGCUCACGGACGGGAAGUUCUUUCGCAUCAACGCUAAAACAGGUGAAAUUAUCAACUGGGUGGCGUUGGACCGGGAGCAGCACAGUCAGCACCGUCUGAAGGUGAUGGUGACAGAUCAGGGCCACCCUCGUUUCAAUGCCACCGCCAGCGCUCACAUCCUGGUCACUGACAUCAACGAUAACACGCCACAGUUUACACACCUGCCGGCCAGCAAGGAGCUUAACGUUCAGAUAUGGGCCGGUCUACCAGCAGGAUCCUUGGUGACAAACAUGUUCGCCAAAGAUUUAGAUGCGGCAGAAAAUGGAACAGUCACCUUCUCAUUGGCCACAGCUGAUUUAGAGGAUGCGGGUUUUGGACACUUUGAGGUUGACAGUGAAAGCGGAGACAUCCGAACCACGGAGAUUUUUACCCAGAACGCCGAACCGUACUACACUCUGAGAGUACGAGCCAAGGACAGCGGAGCCUCACCGCUGGAGGACACUGCGGUCAUUCAUGUACAGGUUCAUGGACUAGAGGCUCUGUACGGCCGCUCUGACCACCAAAUUAUGAGGUGUUUUACGGUGAAAGAGAACACGGAGCCAGCGACUGUCAUCGGUUCUGCCGGUGUUUCAUAUAAAGGGAGAUUCCAUUAUUCCAUCUCCGAGGGCGAUGGGAGCGUUCACUUCGGCAUCGACGGCUCCUCUGGUGACAUAUACAUCAACCAGCCGCUGGACUACGAGUCUGCCGUGCAGUACUUGCUCAUGAUCCGAGCUGAAGAUGUAGGACUCGCUCCCGGAGUGAACAUGUCUGUGCUGGUCAGUGUGAUGGUGGAGGAUGUAAACGACCACACGCCCUGGUUCCUCGACAAACUGGUGAUGUUCGGCCUGUGGGAGGACGCUGCGGUCGGGUCGCUGGCGUUUGCUUUUCAUGCCAGGGAUGCUGAUGGGACCUUGCCGAACAGUGCCCUCCGCUACUCCCUGAGCUUUGACUCUCAACUCAGCAGGUCUUCAUCACGCUUCCCCUUUCAGAUCAACCCUCACACGGGGAGCCUGACUGUAACAGCGCCUUUAGACCGCGAGACCAACCCCAGCUAUGCUUUCACUGUGACAGCCACCGACCAGGCGAAGAGGAAGGACGAGCGGAAACAGACGUCAGUGACGGCUCAGGUGUUCCUGCUGGAUGUGAAUGAUAACCGGCCGGUGUUUGUAUCAGCGGACACAGUUCAGGUGAUGGAGGAUGCAGAAGUGAGGAGUCUGCUGCAUCAUUUUGUGGCCAUAGAUGGAGAUCAGGGUGAAAACGGGGUCGUGUCCUACGUCAUCAUUGGAGGAAAUAAGAAAGGAUUCUUCACACUGGAGGAGGAAACAGGCCUCUUGUUUCUCUCGGCCCCUCUGGACUAUGAGACACUACGUUUCCACCGUCUGACCGUCCGUGCAGUCGACCACGGCCUGCCCUCGCUCUCCUCCACCCAGACUCUGACAGUGGAGGUCGGGGAUGUGAACGACCAGAUACCUGUCUUCAGUCAGAGCAUCUACAACGCCAGUGUGGCCGAGAACAGAGACCCUGGAGAACCAGUGAUCAGGGUCUCUGCCUCUGACAAAGAUUCAGAGGAGAAUGCAGUGGUGUGGUACAGCCUGUUGCCCGGCCACGGCUACGAGCUUUUCGGCAUCAACCCUUACACCGGUCUGAUCACCACCACCUCCUACCUGGACAGAGAGCAGCAGCAUCACUUCACUCUCAGAGUCCAGGCUCGGGACAGCAGCACACGGCCUCUGUCGGGCACGGCCACAGUGCUGUGCUCUGUGCUGGAUGACAAUGACAACCCUCCGGAGUUCAUGCAGUCAUCCUUCCAGAUCAGUCUGCCAGAAAACCUGUCUCCCGGCGUGGUCCACACGGCUCAGGCCUCUGAUCCCGACCACGGGGAAAAUGGAACUAUACACUACUCCAUUUUAGGUGAGGACUACAGAGGUCGCUUCACCAUCAACAGCCACACAGGUGCAGUCAGCACCACGCGGGUCCUUGACCGCGAGGAAAGGCAGAAUUACACCCUCACCAUACAGGCCCAUGACUAUGGCCCCACCCAGCUCAGCUCCACCACCCAACUCCAGCUGGUGCUGCUGGACCAGAAUGAUAACAUCCCCUCCUUCACCCGUAAGAGCUACCACGCCUCCAUCAGCGAGGGCUUACCUCUAGGAGCGGAGAUCCUGCGUGUUAGCGCGUUCGAUCCCGACGAGGGGUCCAACGGGGACCUCACCUACUCUCUGACAGAGGACAACAGCCAGGGGACUUUCUCAGUGGACGCGUUCACAGGAGUGAUACGCACCACGAGGUCUCUGGACAGAGAGAGCCGGGCUCAGUACACCCUCAGAGCUGUGGCUACUGACGGCUGCGCUCAAGGCCCGCUGAGCUCUGUGGCAUCAGUGACCAUACAGGUGGAGGACGUGAACGACAAUGUGCCUCUCUGUGAGCAGAAUCCCAUCAACGCAUGGGUUUCUAUGAGGACUCUACCAAACCAGAUAGUUACCACGUUGUUGGCAUCAGAUGGUGACCAGGGUGACAAUGGGACUAUACAGUUUAUGUUGUCUGAUGAGGAAAACCUGUUUGACAUCAACAGCGAGUCCGGAGAGAUUUCACUGAGAAGGCGAGUGAGAGCCGGUUUCUCCGGGAGGAAGCUGCAGGUUGUGGUUUCAGACCAAGGAGAACCCGCUUUAACCUCCACCUGCCUGGUUUUUAUCCAUCUGAAGGGAGAACACGAAGGGCUACAGUUCACAAACAAAGUGUACAAUGCUACCGUCAAGGAGAACAGUAGAGCUGGCACUUGGAUUGCCAAAGUGGAGGCCAGUGACCAAACCAAUAGCAGACAAAGGGUCACAUACAACAUAUUUAGUGGCAACGAGAAUUAUAUUUUCUCCAUCAACCGCCACACAGGUGAGAUCCGUGUGCAGAAAGAUAACUCUCUGGACUUUGAGGUGAGCCCUAAGAUGCAACUGGUGGUGCUGGCUGACAAUGGGCUGCAGACAGCUCACUGCAGGGUCUCCAUCAACCUGCUGGAUGUGAAUGACAAUGCACCAGUCUUUGAGCACGGCAACUACAGAACAGCUGUCUGGGAGGGACAAGUGCACAACACUUACAUCAUGCAGGUGUUUGCAUCUGAUGCUGACAGCGGGAUGAACGGGCUGAUUGAGUACUCCAUCGUGUCCGGUAACCCUAACGAAGCAUUCGUCUUGGACUCUGUUCGUGGGAUUCUUGCUACCAAUGUUAUGCUGGACCGUGAGAUCGCCCCCUCAUACAAGCUGGUCCUGCAGGCAGCAGACAGGGGAAACCCUCCGCUCAGCAGCACCACCACCAUCAGGGUCCAAGUGGUGGACGUCAAUGACAACAGCCCUACCAUCCCCCCCAUGGAGCCUGUUGUUAUAGCAGAGAAUCUGCCAGCAGGGUACAUGGUCACCCAGGUGACUGCGAAUGAUGUGGACCUGAGCUCAACCAUCACCUUCAGCUUUGCAGACAACAGUAGCACCAAUGUUCCCUUUGCUAUCGACCGAUAUACUGGUGUGGUCACCCUGACUCGAGCCCUGGACUAUGAGGAGCAGACAGAGUACAUGUUGACAGUCUGGGCCUCUGAUUCCCUCCACCAGACCACUGGAGAGGUCAAAGUUCAAGUGCUUGACGUCAAUGAUAACGCUCCAGUCUUCGCCAAGGUUUCCUACCAGGUGGAGUUGUCAGAAUUAGUUUCAGCAGACACGUUAGUUUUGUCAGUGUCCGCUACCGACAGAGACUCUGGACUUAAUGGGAAGAUCACCUACAGACUGCUUUCAUCUCCUUUACAAGGCUUUUACAUCGAGCCAGACAAAGGGUCUGUUUUCACCAAUAAGCCCUUGAAGGCAAUCACAAACAGCAACCUGAUCCAUCUUCUGGUUGAGGCCAAAGACGAAGGCGAUCCUGUGCAGUCUACUGUCACCUCCAUAGAUGUGCUUAUUCUGGACACCAACGACCAUACACCUUUGUUCCACCAGGACAUCUAUACGCUCACCGUCCCAGAGGACACGCCCACAGACACCACCCUACUGACGCUGUCUGCAGAGGACCAAGAUUGGAGCCCUGAAAACACCUAUUUGGACUACUCCAUCAUCAGGGGAAAUGAGGAGAAGCGAUUCUGUCUGGAAGUAAAAAUGGUUCAGCUUGAGAGUCAGAUGAGAAAUGUAGGAAAACUUGUUCUAUGUAACCCUUUAGACCGUGAGACAACGGAGAGCUACGCACUAACAGUGAGCGUGUCUGAUCGAGGAACACCUCCACUGAACAGCACUGCUGUCAUUAUGGUGACUGUGACAGACUGCAAUGACAAUGCCCCCGUCUUUUCCAGCACAGGAUACCAUGCACAGGUGAGUGAAAACAGCCAUGUAGGUACCAGACUGGUCCAGGUCAAUGCUCAGGAUCCUGAUCUGGGAACUAAUGGCGUGUUGCGGUACGACAUUAUCUCGGGGAACAGCAAAGGCCACCUCAAGCUCAACCCUCAGUCUGGCCUUCUGGUGGUCAACCACUCCCUUGACUAUGAGGAAGACUCAAAAUACACCCUCACCAUCCGAGCAUCUGAUGGUGGUGAAUCAUUUGAAGAACGUAAAGUGGCUUUUACAGUGGUCUUCAUCACAGUGUUGGAUGUAAAUGACAACACUCCUUACUUCUUGUUCACUACUGUUAACUGUUCUGUGCUGGAGAACCUUCCAGUGUUUACCCACACCUGUUCUGUCCAUGCUGUUGACAAUGACUUAGGCACCUACGGUCAGCUCACCUACUCUGUUGUGUCCUCCUGCUUCAUGGACUAUGGCAGUGGCAGCCCUGAGAAGAAGCAGGCCUUUGCCAUCGACCCCCUAACAGGCGACAUUCACACCAGACAGACCUUUGAUUACGAACGAGAGAGUGAGUACUGCUUUGUCGUGGAGGCCAGAGACAAAGGCGACAAAGCAGCUACAGUGAGAGUGCAGGUGACCAUCAAGGGAGUGGAUGAGUUCAGUCCCGUCUUCACCCAAAAGCGUUACCAAUUCCUUCUGCCAGAAAACGCCCAGCUUGGAGAGACAGUCGGUUACGUGAUGGCGAUGGACCAUGAUGGAGGGGUAGACGGGCUGGUGGAGUACUCCCUUAUAAAGUCCUCGCCGUUUUUCUCAAUAAACAAAACAAUUGGUGCCAUUUUUGUGUCAGGUCCUGUAUAUCGCAGAAGAGGCAGCCAUGCCCAUGAGGACAUGAUCGAGCUGGUGGUGUCUGCAGGUAGUCCCAGAUUGACCUCCAGGACCACUGCCUGCAUAGUUUUCGUCAAUAUCUCCAGCUCAGCAGAGGCACUCACCGGGGUGCCUCUUGAUGCACACAUGCUCAGUUUGAGUGUCUCACUAAUCAUGUUCCUCCUUGUCCUCCUCCUUUUUGUGGGCUUAGUUCUCAGGUACAAGAUCAAGGAAGCGGCAAUCAAAAAGGCUACUGCCAUUGCCGUCAACUUGAACAACGGCACAGGCUCGUUCGGUAGAUCCAUUGGCCAAAGUGCCAUCUCUCUGCAGGAGAUUAAACGGCCCAUCAUCUUGGUGACCCAGAGGGACAUAUCAAACCCAUACAAUCAGUCAGACUCGAGCGGCCGUGGAUCAGCAGAAGGUGAGACAGCUGAGGACCAGGAGAUCAAGUGGAUUAAUCAGUACCCCUGCCGUAAAAGAGACAAAUCUGUGCCAGGAAACCAGGCCAUCGAGAUACCAGACUCUGCUUUACCAGAGGACAAUAUCUCCUGCCACUCUAUCGAUGUAGGGCCAGAGCACAUUUUAUCUGUAAAUAAACGUUUAAUCUCAGGGAUGGCCAGCACAGAAAGCCUCUACCACUUCAAAGAGGAGGGGGGAGGUGAGGGACUACUUCCUGCCAUACUUAGGGUGAGGGAUUUGGAGGAUAGUAUGAAGACAAAUGGGUACGCUCCGCUCUCAGAAGCCCAUGCCUCUGCAGAUUCUCUCUCUUCACUUCUAUGUCUAGAGGAGGAACUGCAGGGCAGCUACAGCUGGGACUACAUUUUGGACUGGGAGCCACGCUUCCAGAAUCUGGCCUCGGUUUUCACCGAUAUUGGGAUGCUUCCUGAUGAGGAGCUUCAAGGUGGCCGUGAGGACUUAGCAGCAGAGGCAAGCUGUCUCAUGUACCCACCGCCUCUUAUAACAGGAGUGGCUCAGCCUGGUAUUAGGACUGUACCUCCACGAAAGCCAGGGCGUAUACCAAGCCUGAGAAGGAAGCGCUCUUAUCGCAAAUAUGUGUAUUCCCCUUUAGCCAGGAACACAGGACUUACCCCUUCAGCCAUGACGCCUACUUUUUCCCCAUCAUUGUCUUCUCUCACCAUUAGGACCCCCAGUGCCUCACCAGUUGUUUCUGAGACUGGGGUUGGGGGUAUCAGACUUGACUCAGGGCCCCUCACUGCAAGCCUAUUGGAGGCAGAAAUCCAGGUGUAGACACAAACUUUGAUCAAGUUUAUUUGUGACAUUCUAUCUUUCAUUCGCCAUCUGAAGGUAUUUUCCUAAGGGACUUUAGUUUAGACUUUUGUUUUUUGACAACAUUCAUCCAAUUUUUAUGGUUUUAGACUCAUGAGGAGUCAUGAGUUUAGUCUCAAAGGAGCAAUACCAGGCAAAGUUUUCAUUUGAACAUAAUGUACUCAUUUAAUUACUUAAAUUGAGGUUGAUUUCAUAACUCGCUUCUGUAAUAAAACGAAUAUCUGGAAAAAGCCUGAACUCAGUCUUGCAUUAUAUUCUUGUAAUGCAGCACUUUGAAUAAGAGCAGAUGUUCGAGUCAGCAAUUAAUUACUGAAUGUUUUAUUGUAAACAUAUUUGUAUGAGCAGAAAAUGAAACACUUUCUUAUUACAGUUGGUUGCAGCUUCUAAAUGGAAACCUUACAAGGUUGGUUUAACAUUAAUAAGCAAAGAAAGGCAACAUUGUUCUGUGGUUAUGUCUAUCUUCCUGGAAUCAUAAAAAGCAGGAUUUUGAAUACAGACCCAUGUUUGCAUCUCUCUUUAUUAUAUUCUGCCAAUUAAAUGCCAAUAAAUCCAAUGACAAACAUAAUUUAUUUUAUUCCUUUAAUCUAGGACUGUUCUUAAUUUCCAUGUUAUAUUGUUCAGUCUUUUUUUUAAACUAGAAAGGAGUCUAGGUUUAUGGAGACAUAAAAAUGUGGGAUUCUUCACUGACACUAAUUUCGUAUGGGAUUAUAUUGUCUUGUUGUCACUAGUCAACAUGAAGACACAUUUUCAUAAACCAGUUCCAGGUUCUGGCUGUUUUACUUUUUCUCAUGUACAGAAAUGAUCUGUUCCUUUCACAAGUGUUGUGUGUGCUGACUGUAGACAACAUAUACAAUGUUAAUAAACAACACUUUAUGUACAAUUGCCAGAGAAUUGUAUGAAUUUAAAUAUUAAUACAUUUUCAAACAAAUUGCAAUAAAGAAACUUUCUUCAGUACUUGUCUUGGAUUCGGCAUUUAAAAGGAGUGAUGUUGUGGUACUGAUUUUUCAGGAUGAUUUAUUAGCUUAUGCAUGUACACUAUGUGUUUCUUACUGUAGAUGAGAAUAAGGAAAUGUAUAUUUAAAUGUAUUUUACUAAACUAAGAAUGUACUGCUGUAUAAAAUAUUGGAAUUGAAGUGCCUCUCUUUAAAAUGUAUGAUAGA